UUUUUUUUUUUUUUUUUUUUUUUUUUUUUUUUUAAUAAAUCACAUUUAAAGCCUAGGGUUUUAAACAAAAAUUGAAAAGAUCGGUGACGACUGCUUACCCUCAGCAACAUCGUCCCCUGCCUGCCUUCUCCGCCCGUCCGUGGCUCCGCCGAUAGCCACAGUUAAAGGUCAACACCAACAAAGGGGAGAGAACAAUGACUCAAGAGGCGGGUCGAAAGCGUAAGAGGAGGAACAAAAGCCGCAAAACUGAAACCACCUCAACACAUGCUGCUGCUAGUUUGACUGUCAAACAAUCACCUUCUGCCUCUACUGUUUUCAAAGCUUCUUCAAAACCCUCAUCUUUCCUUGAAAAGAUGAAAGCAAAGUUAUCAGGAGGUCACUUUCGUAUGAUUAACGAGAAGCUUUAUACCUGCUCUGGAGACGAAGCCCUUAACUACUUCAAGGAAGAUCCUUCAUUGUUUAACAUGUAUCAUACAGGAUAUCAAGAGCAAAUGUCACGAUGGCCUGAACAGCCGGUUAAUAUUAUCAUGAAGUGGCUAAAGGAUCACAACUCUUCUUUAGUUGUGGCCGAUUUUGGGUGCGGGGAUGCACGUCUGGCAAAAGGUGUUGAGAACAAGGUCUUUUCUAUAGACCUUGUCGCGAAUGAUCCUUCAGUGAUCGCUUGUGACAUGUCGAAAACACCCCUUGAUUCUUCAUCUAUAGAUGUUGCUGUUUUCUGUCUUUCGUUGAUGGGCACCGACUUCCCAAGUUUUAUCAAGGAAGCACACCGAGUACUUAAACAAAAUGGGUGGCUUCUGAUAGCGGAGGUGAGAAGUAGAUUUGAUCCCAACAAUGGUGGAGCAGAUCCAGAUAGCUUUUCUAAAGCCGUCUGUAGCUUAGGGUUUACUUCUGUAUCCAAAGACUUCUCAAAUAAAAUGUUCAUACUUUUAUACUUCAAGAAAAAGCCAAAGAACAAUUCUGGAAAGGAGAUUAAAUGGCCUGAACUGAAGCCAUGCCUAUACAAGCGUCGCUGAGCGCAUAGCAGAUCAAAUUAUCGGGCAUGUUUUUAUGGUGUCAAAUGCUUAUUAGGUGCCCCUAUUUUACUUGCUAAAAGGGGUUUUGAAAAUUAAUUCUCUUUUUAUGUAGAAGUAGCUUGUAUUUAAAAUUAUUUCAUGUUUGAUUAUGUUCUAACCAUGAUUUUGAUUGGUCAAAAUAAAAUUGCUAAUUUUGACCAAGUAGGCUUGGGAUCGAGAAAGUUUAAUAUAAACUCUAUGGUUGAUUAUGGUCGA